GUCAUGAGUCUUUCGCGUCGAGCACCCGAAAUUGCAGGGUCCUUCUGGGUCUUCGUAGGCGUCGUUGCCGGGGUCGGCGUGCUGUUUCUCGUCAUUGUUGCAGUGGUGUGGUCAGCGUGAGUAUCCUGAGACUGCUUGGACAAUCGUCGUCGCAGACGCUGGCCGAGUCGUCUGAUGUAAAAGCUUUUCUGCCAAAUGCGGCCACAUUCUCGCAGCGUUCGUCGGUCGCGGAGCCGCGCUCGCCUCACUCAACGCGAAGGGAUCCGUACCGAGUUGCCUGUGCGGCACCCCGCUCCAUUCACGCCCGGUCCGCCUCAUCAGGUGCCCGUCAGCUCACAUCGCCCCUCAGGAGGAGCCCUUCCAGCUCAACAAAAGCAGCACAGCCGGCAAUUCUCCUCUUCUACUCGUGGAGGUGCCCUUGCUCCAUCUGGUCCAGCGUCGAACCCCCAUGCGCCAAUUCCAUCUCGAAGGCAGAGAUUAGAGGAGGAAGACGAUGAGGAGGAUGACUGGGGGGAGGGAGAUGCUUUCAAUGCUGACACUGAGUACGAUGCUGGUCAUCGUCAGUCUCGUCGGACUCGACAACAGCAACAGCGACGGCACGAUUAUCAGCCUCGACAGCAGCAGCAGCACCAGCAGCAGUAUCCUCACACGCAAACGCAAUGGGUACCAGACCCACACCCCUCUUACCCGCAAGCGCACCUGUACGACGAGCCCGAGCCACUCCCGGAAGAGCCUCAACGCGGGUAUUCUGAAGAGGUCUGGUCUGCCACCGGCGACCAGGAUAAUGCUGGGUAUGGUCUUCCGACGUACGACUCGCUGCCGCCGCCGGGACAGACGCAUGCUCAGUACCCUCCUGCUCCUGCGCCGGUCGACGGAGGGGCUGCACUAGGUCCUCGAAGGACUUCAAUUCAAAAGGGACCGCUGCCUCCGUAGUCUAUAGACUGAAGUGGAAGGCGUGCAAUACCCCUGCUUAAUCUCUUUGCUCAUGAACACUGCUAUCGGACUCGUCUCUUACGUUGUAUAUAUCUCGUCUCUGUUUCUGCACAUCUCUAUGCAACUUUAUGGUAUUUGCAUCGGAACAUGUUGGUAUCAAGCUGCGAGAGCAAUCUUUAUCUUUUCAUGCCCGU